AAUCCGAACCGAACCAAAAGUUUCGAAUGAAAAGUGUUAUGAGAUAAAUCAUAGAUUUUCAUGAGUGUUUUUCUCUGUCUUAUAGUUUGGCAUUUGCAUAUUGUUUUUAUGUAUUCUAAAAACCUUACUAUGCAAAAUAUUUUGGAUUAUUUAAUCAUGAAUUUUAUAAAUACAAAAGAGGUAAUAUUAAAAAGAGAGGAUCUGAGCAGAAAAGGUUCAGUUGAUGAUAAAAUCUUUGACCUCGUAUGUUUUAUAAAUGCUCAAGAAUUUUAUGUUACCACAAGUUCAUGCUCUGGUAGAACUUCAGUUUUUGUACACUCAGAACAAAGAAAAAAAGGAUGUGAUUGGCUGCUCAUCAGCCAUGAUAUUGUUAGACCGGAUGAUGUGAUACAAGCACUUGAAAACCAUUCUGGUUCUGCUACUUUAAAAUUUGAACCUUUUGUUCUUCAUGUUCAGUGUUCUACAGUAGAAGCAGCCCAAAAACUUCACACUGCCAGUAUAGAAUCUGGUUUUCGUAACUCUGGUAUGAGUGUAAGCAAAAAGGGAAAAAUAAUAUCAGCUAUAAGAAGUACCCUAUGUUUAGAAGUACCCUUAUCUUGUGAUGGACAUGCACUUGUAUCUAAUGAGUAUAUAUCAUAUGUUGUGAAUAUGUGCAAUGAGAAAAUGAAAGAGAACUGGUUAAGAAUAGAGAGAUUUUUUUCAGAACUUCAGAAUAUUUUUACCCAUUCUAAGCAAACUGCAAAAGUGAAACUAAAAAACAAGAAGCAAUUAAAUCCAAAAGAUGAAAACAAAUCCUACGAUAAAAUCAAUUGUCAUGAUGAAGAUCCUGCAUCGUCCGACACUUUUUUUGAUGGUUUUAAUCAUUUAUUAAAUAACUCAUCUCUGAUUUAAAAUCCA